AUGAAUGACUCCAACUGGAAGAAGACGACUUGCAUGGUGCCAACCUUGAUGACCAAGUGGAAAUGCAUGCUCCUGGGCUUCCCACGAAGCAAGGAGUCCUUUGAAGCUUUAUCUGCAUCCACAGAUGAGGAGGCCCUUGAGGCAUGGCAGAAGGAGUACGAUGAUGCUAUGGAGGCUCGCCAAAAUUAUCCGAAGAUCAUGGACACCUUCAAUGUCCAGCUCAGGAAGGGUAAAGACCUCACCCAACUCAGACUGACGGGCGAGGAGUCCACCAAGGGCUUGGAGAAGGGCAUCGCCGGAUGGUUGUUAACUGGCCUCAAAAUUCAAGAAGCACAGCUUAAGCUUACGAAUGAUAUCCGCAAGGCAGAUCAAAAUCCAAGCGUGGCGGAGGACCUCAAGACUCUCGAGCGCCGUCAGCGCCUCGAAGUCAGCAUUCUCACAUUCCAACAUCGCUCUGAGAAGUUCAUGGGAAGGUUGAAGGACGUUCCUGCCAUGGAAGAUCGUGAUGAUGGUGCACUCUGGGAUUCCUUGGAUGAGAAUCCUUUUCAAAUACACCCUGAGGAUGCUGAGUAUAGUGAGGAUGCGAUUCCACCCGAGCGAGCUUCCUUGAAUUUACCUUUGCAGAUCGGAUUUAUGGCCGCCAUCGCCAAUGGGCUCCAGACCCUGGCGGCCCAAGAGUUGGAGUUGCACAAAGGCCUGAUGAAUGACAUCCUCCACAAGCUUCGCAUGGCCCUUGGACUGAAGUCUUACCUUUACCGCAAGAGAGUUCAUCCUGCCAACAGUGUCAGAACCAUGACUCGUGCACAGGUGGAGGUUCAUGCUGCCGAUCAGACCGUCUUGGCCUGCACCAGGCUCUAUUCCACCAACCAACGUGCCAUUAUGCGCUUGGGCACCACUGAUGAAGACUUGGCCCUCUAUCGCCCUUUGGAUAAAAAGGACCUGCACGUGAAGACUGCCAUCAUCGAGGCUAGCACCUCCGGGCUCAGGAACGUCAACCUGGCUUGGUUCUGGACUGUGGAUGUCACUGGAGAUUGA